GGCUUUGGCCAUCGUUUACCUGUCAUAUGGAAUCCGUCUGGCCACGACUGCGAAGUCGUAAUAUAUUGAUUGAAUACUUGCUUACGACCUAUGUAUGGAUUGCAAACAUAACAUUGAGUGUGCCAUUCUUUCCCAACUCUCCAAUUGUUCGACUGUUCAAUUCUCCAAUCCUUCAAUCCUAUACUUCCCCCCGGAACACCGCUCUCUCCAAGACGGCUCUCCACAAGAGGAAUUCCCCCUUCCAACUUUCUCUUGCAUGAACUGCAUUGUUAUAUUAAAGGCUUUGUCCAUCUCUCGACCUCCACCGUCAUCACACUCCUAGAAAUUUAACUUUGGACUGCUCCUACCCACUAUUCCAUCAUACGCUUCAAGAGAUCUACAAUCUCGUAGGGAUAUAGCCUUUGUGUCGAUUGGGUACAGGAAUACGAGUAUAAGAAAUAAAGCCACUCCGCCAUUCUUUCUUCCGACUCCCUUCAUCUGCAAUUUAUCUAAGCUCUGCUACCUCCUCAAAAAAUCCAUCAUCUGGCCAAGAAUAGGAUUAUCACAAGCCGAACCCAGACGACUUUUCCUUAUCACAAAGGUCGCAGCUGAUUGUACCGUCUCGCCCCUCUUGUCAACAACGAAAAAGGGUACCCAACUCGUCUUUAUCUGAAUUUAGCUCGUGUGAUCCAGAUUGGGAGUGGAACUGUACUGUGGCUCAGGCGAUAUAAUAAACCUUACACUCACAACUCCCCACGCUUGCCGAGAACCUGCAUAAAUUCACAACAUUCACUCAAUCUCGAGAAGUUGGCAGCGCAAGCCGACUCGAGACUUCAUCUUGGAUAUAGCUCUUCCCAGCCCCAAUCCUCGAUGAACAGUUGGUUUCUAAUUCUGCGGACAUUGCGACUGCAAAAUGGGUCAGCACCAGUCGCGGGACGACUCGCAUGGCGGGGAUAGACAUCGACAUCAUGACGCCGGUACGAGUGGUCCAACUUCUCCAUCCGACCACGAUCCAUACCCUUCUCGUACUGGCAGAGGCAGCAGGCGUAAUUUGGUAGCAUCUAUUGUGGGAGGCGGAUCGAAUAACGAAUUGCCGGAGAGGAAGGAGACAGCGGCCGAGCGACAAAUGAGGAGGCUCGAAAGGGAGAGAGUUGCAAGAGUAGAAGAGCGAGAGAGAAGUAUUAGGGAAGAGCAUGUAGAUGGCGGAUAUUUGGUCACAAUGGGCGUCUAUACUGGCCCAGAAGAUUUCAACAAGGCAAUAGUAAGGCAGUUGAUGAUUGAACGACGAGUUGCACCGUUUUGGAGGGGGCUAGAGGAUUACGAGAGUGAUUGGACCGAACAUCAGUUGGUCGCUGCGGGACGAGGUCUUCCCAUUCCAGCCGCGGAUGAAAUACCCUCCGAAGACAGUGCCAGGCCUCAUUCUUCCAAUUCCACGAAUGCACCAAGCUCGAAUCUACAAAAUUUGACUGUGCCAAUAGCUUCACGAAGCCAAUCUGCUUCAUAUGACACAUCGGUUGGCCGCUCUCCGUCACACUCAUCUUUCAAUACGUCAUCUCCAACAUCGCCCCUUAAUGCGCCUGCCACUUCUACUUCUUUGCUUCGACCUCGAGCUAAAACGUUAGGUCUGAAAUCUUCGUCGAAGGAACCCUCGGCGUCGGAUUCGGCACCGCGUGAGAUCCAAUUACCCAGAGAUUCCCAAGUAAAUGGUCAAGCUAUCGAGGCUUUUCUGUACAAAGACGCUGUUGAAUGUUCAAUAUGCUUGAUAUUUUACCCCCCUUAUCUCAAUAGGACUCGAUGUUGCGACCAAAGUAUUUGCUCGGAAUGCUUUGUACAAAUUAAGAGACCAGAUCCACACACGCCAGAACACCAUGGUCCACCACAGCCCGCGCCCGAUCAAGCCGAGGAUACAGAAAUGCUGGUUUCGGAACCAGCCGCUUGCCCUUACUGUCAACGACCCGAGUUUGGCGUGACAUACGAGCCCCCUCCUUUCCGCCGUGGGCUUGUUUAUGCAAAGCCAUCUCGAGAACUGGCCAACUUUUCUUCAGCCAUGUCAUCGUCAUCGUCGAUCACUUCACCGCCUAUAACAAGUCCGGGGCUUGCACCAAGAGUAGACAACAGGCGCCGGGCUACUUCAUUGUCAGCGAAUGAUUCAAAUGUCAUUACGACUGACCGCAUCAGACCAGACUGGUCAGCAAAGCUUGAAGCUGCUAACCUGCGAAAGGCUAAAAAGAAUGCUGCCGCCUCCGCACUACACGCCGCUGCCUAUGUACUUCCCGGAACCUCGGAAAAUCGCAGCUAUGUUUUCGGACGAAGUCGCUUCGGUAGAAACCGUAGCGAUCCUGACAAUAGCGGAUCUGCCACCCCUUCGAACCGCGAUACUAGUUCCAGGACUGCAGCUGAGUCGUCUGGUCAAGCGCGUAGGGAAGGUCGGGAUUCUCAUGCUGCUCGGAGAACGAGGGACGUCGAGGAUAUGAUGAUGGCCGAGGCGAUUAGACUCAGUAUCGUGGCCGAAGAGGAACGGAAGAAGAAGGCCGAGAAAGAAGCCGCCAAGGAGGCCGCGAAAAAUGCAAAGAAGCAGGCCAAAGAAGACAAAAAGAAAGAGAAAAAAGAGAGAAAAUCGAUAUAUGGCACUAACGGACAUUCGGCUAGUUCGAGUAUGUUGAACCUUGGCAACAGUCUAGCUGCCACUCUUACUGGGCGAAGGAGAGGUGAUAGUGUCGCAAGCAAUUUGGCCACGGAGGUGACACCCGAAGAAGUCGAGGAGCCUCUACAGGGAAAAGGAAAAGGUGUGGCUCACCCUUAUUUAGGUAACGACGGGAGUGCCACGGAUAACGGGCUUCUUGGUACUCAGCAUUUAGAUCCUUCGACGAGUUCUAGCUUGCUAGAGACCCAUCAGUCUAUCCCUUCACCUACAAGCCCUGACAAGCCUUCUCACUUACGACAAAUGAGUACCGCAUCUAGCGCCUCAUCUUCAGUAGCUGAGUCAGGGAACGGUACCAAUCCUCAAGGGUCUUCUACAAGUAUUGAAAGUCCUGGUGUUACAGAUACAAAUGAGGGGAACGAAGAUGGCGAUACGGGAGCUGAGUCUAUGUUCAAUUUUCGGAGCCUAACGGCCAUGAUUGAAAAAGAAAAUGACAACGAGAAAACGGAUGCAGUCCACGUUGAAAAUGCGCAUGAAGCAUCGGGUUCUAGACGCGGAAGCCCUGAUGAGACCGCUUCUCAAGACAUGGAUGUAAGCAUGGAGACUCUGCGACCUCGAGAUUCUCCCCAGCAACCAAAGCCCGACCACCACGUUCCAAUGGGACUGCAGAUGCCAGCACCGAAAAUCGAUACCAGCAUUGUCACACCCCAGCUUACGCUUACACCGGAUACCCCAGCUCUCAUGAGUCCAACAGAAGAGAAUGGGAAACAACUAGGAUCAAAUUUACAAAACCUAUCCAACAACGAAAUAUCCCAGUAAAGAGAGGAGUAAAUUGAUAGGGGGAGAGAUUGUUCAUGAUGAGAUGAUACAAUGUAAUGCGAUGCAUGAAUAAUUAGCGAAGUCGAAUUGACACUGCGAUGUAUUUCUUUUCUGCACACUAGCCAGUACACAUGACUUACAUGUAUGUACACAGCGGUAUUCUUUUUUUCAACUAGCGAGAUUGUGGAUGAACGGAGUGGAGAGGACUUUGAGAGGCGAUAUAUUACAACUGUUUAUAGGCGUAAUUGGCGAUGGAGUCAUUUAUUAAGGAACCUACAUAGUAUACUUCUAUAGUGUGCAGCCAAAAUUCACGGGCUUGUAGGUAUGGGUAUUUCACCGGACUCAUGGUGCAGAAAGGCUGUUUUUGGGAUGGGGUUGAGGAUGAGGUGUGCUCGCAGGGAGAGGGACCAGGGGCUACUUAGUUAUGGAUAGACUCAAAUUAUACUGUUAAAUAAUCAGAUGUA